AGGCCCGAACCCGGUCCAGCAGGCUAGAGCGCGUCCGUGUUAUGUGUGCCAUGGACUCAGCCCAGUAAUAUUGACAAUAGGGCGAAAAAGGGACCGAUAUUCCCCCCAAAAACAUAUUUUCUGGAUAAAAAUAACCUAUAGGUGCGGCGUGUGGAUAUAAAGAGAUACCCGGGGAUGUUCAUAUUUCAGCUGGAUCUUUUUCUAUCGUCGGAAAUUUGAGUGUUUGAUGGGAUUAUUGCUGUGGGUUUGGCAGUUUUUAAGGCCAAAAACAGAUUUUGUGUCUUUAUUUUUAUUUUUCUGCUGCUUCAAGAGGCCUUGAAGGAGGAAAGACGGUUAAAACACCCAUAUCAGCUCCUCACAUCGAAAACAUCAAGGGCUAUGUCCUCCGCAGCCACCACUCCUCCAUCAGUGGAUAAAGUAGACGGAUUUUCCCGGAAGUCUGUCAGGAAGGCCAAGCAGAAACGUUCUCAGAGUUCCUCACAGUUCCGCUCUCAGGGCAAACCAAUCGAACUCACACCUCUUCCCCUGCUUAAAGACGUCUCUGCUCAGGAGCAGCCGGAGUUGUUCCUGAAGAAACUUCAGCAGUGUUGUGCUGUCUUUGAUUUCAUGGACACACUGUCAGACCUGAAGAUGAAAGAAUACAAGCGCUCAACCCUCAAUGAGCUUGUUGAUUAUGUCACAGUCAGCCGAGGAUACCUCACAGAACAGGCCUACCCAGAGGUCGUCAAAAUGGUGUCCUAUAAUAUAUUCCGAACUCUUCCGCCCAGUGACAGUAAUGAGUUUGACCCAGAGGAGGAUGAACCCACUCUAGAGGCCUCGUGGCCACAUUUACAGUUGGUGUACGAGUUCUUCAUUCGUUUUUUGGAGAGUCAGGAGUUUCAACCCAGCAUUGCCAAAAAGUACAUAGACCAGAAAUUUGUCUUACAGCUGCUGGAGUUGUUCGACAGCGAGGACCCACGGGAGAGAGAUUACCUGAAGACAGUCUUACACAGAAUCUACGGAAAAUUCCUGGGACUGAGAGCUUUUAUACGAAAACAAAUUAAUAAUAUUUUUCUACGUUUUGUUUAUGAAACUGAGCACUUCAAUGGAGUUGCAGAAUUGUUGGAGAUUUUGGGCAGCAUCAUCAAUGGCUUCGCUCUGCCGCUGAAGGCCGAGCACAAGCAGUUUUUGGUGAAAGUUUUGAUUCCUCUUCACACCGUCAGGAGCCUCUCGCUUUUCCACGCACAGCUGGCGUAUUGUAUUGUACAGUUCCUAGAGAAAGACCCAGCGUUAACAGAACCAGUUAUCAGAGGUCUGCUGAAAUUCUGGCCUAAAACCUGCAGUCAGAAGGAGGUCAUGUUCCUAGGAGAGUUGGAGGAGAUUCUGGAUGUGAUUGAGCCCACGCAGUUUGUGAAGAUCCAGGAGCCUCUUUUCAAACAGAUCUCUAAAUGUGUCUCCAGCCCUCAUUUUCAGGUGGCUGAGAGAGCUCUGUACUACUGGAAUAAUGAGUACAUCAUGAGUCUGAUUGAGGAGAACUCCAACGUGAUUCUUCCCAUAAUGUUCACAAGUCUGUACCGGAUCUCCAAAGAACACUGGAACCCGGCCAUAGUAGCUUUAGUCUAUAAUGUUCUGAAGGCCUUCAUGGAAAUGAACAGCACUUUGUUUGAUGAACUCACGUCCACUUACAAGUCAGAUCGUCAGAGAGAGAAGAAGAAAGAAAAGGAGAGAGAAGAGCUGUGGAAGAAGUUGGAGGAUCUGGAGUUGAAGAGAAGCCUCCAGAGUGACGGAAUUAUUCCCACUUAACGACGCGCCUCUCCUGGACCGCUUUUUCCCCAACGCCUCCACCACGUGCUCGGAACGUUGGCCACUUUUUUUCCUUUCUGUAUUUGUGCGACUUACUUUACCGUAGAUUCACCUCGUCAGUCUCAUUAUUUCAAAAGCACUGUAAAUAACUUUAUUUUAUCCUCUUUUUUUCCCCCUUAAAAAUAUUAUGCCGAAAAAGAACGUGACUAGAAAAGAAAGUUAAAAAAUAAAAAUAAGCAAAAAAGAAAAACAAAAAAAACAAGAGAAACCCGCACUGGAGUUGGAAGGACUUUGAAUAGACAGUAGGACUGAAAUAACGACUGCUGUUAAGAAAAUCAAACAAACAAACGGAGAAUCUCAACCUACCGAUCUGACAUACCUCGCCCACCCUUACUGAACAACACCAGCCCAAUUCUCACUCUCUUUCCUCACUUCCUGCCCCCCUCUCUACAUCCCAUACUCACCCCCUUUUUCUUUUCCUCUUUAUGUCAGCGCUCUCUGAGUUGGAUCAUCAUUCGCCACCUGUGUGUCCUGAAUAUUUGAAAGCAGAAUUGUCUACCCUUAACCUUUGACCCUUGUUUAUCCGUUAACAUCUGGAUAAAUGCAGCAGGUCUGGAUUGUAGACUUCUCCAAAGGGAACGCAAAGGACACUAUGCAGUAACGAGCAGAGAAGAGGAAGUGGACACAGAAUCAUGAAAACACACCAGCUCAUUUUUUUCCCCCCGGUUUUCGUUCUUUUUCUGUCCAAAUGUGCCGCCCGGUACACUCAUUUGGACUCACCAGUCCGGUACUGGUACCAGUGAAUGAGAGAGACACACAUACAUCUGAGGGAGUGUCUAGAAUUCCAGCAGCAAAACCGGAGAUGCUUGUCAUGAGAAAUCGAACUGCACGUUCACACACACAUUCUGCAUUCGAGUGUGUGAGGGAGUUUCUUACAGUGUUAAGUACCUGUAUACUGUAUCUGAAUGCAGUACUUUGAUACUCUGUAUCUAGUAGAACCUUUAGCGUAUUUUUCUUUAGGAGAAUCCAUUAUAUGAUGAGGAAAGAUUGAACACAGCCUCUUGGGAUUUAUUUUUUUCUUUCUUUCUUGGGUUUCACUGCUAAUUUGUUUUGGGUUUAGUUUUUUUGUCUGGAAUUGGUUUCGUUUUUUUUCUUUUGACCAAGUGGAAUUUGUUCUCUCUUCCUUUUUUUUUUUACUUAGUUGCUGAUUGGGGGGUAGUGAGAGGGGGAUUGUGGAGGACUGAUGCUUUGUUGAGCAUUGUCAGAAUUGAACCUGUGCUUUAGAAAGCCCCAGACAUCAAACGAUUACAAAAGUUAAAAAGGGUCGGAGAAAUACAAAUGUUUAAUUAUUUUAAAAAAUAAAGAGAUAUUAAAUUAAA